AUGAAUCAUUGGACAUACAGUUUUGCUCCAUCGAGGUUCUUUAAAGAGAAACCCCACUUCAUGAAUAUUCCUGAGUCACGAGUCAAGCACCUCAUUACUUUGUACUUUAACCAGCUUAUUCAUGGAUGUCGUAAUGUGGAUUGCCAGAACCGGAACUGUGCAUCAUCUGCUCGCUUUGCACAUCCGAGUAUUACACCCAAUCAGGCUGCCGCACUAGCAAUAGAACUAACGGUCAAUCGUGCUGAUCUUUGUUUGCCUACCAGUUCAAGCUUAUCAUAUACCCAAAUGAGCAGCCCGUCAAACUCAAAUUCGACAGAGCAUGGAGCUAGUAAUGAAAAUUCCAGUGGUGAAAAGUCUGCUGGAAAUAACGAAUCUUCCAGUUAUAGUUUUCAAGUCGCUUCUACUUCUCUAACUGACAAUGACCAGUCAACACACCCUUCUGUUACUCAUUCUGAUGCACUAGCAACAGGUUCUGAGGAAAUAGAAGAUUCGUUUCGUUCUCUUAUGACACCUGCUGAGGUUACUCGACUAAUCAUGUUUUUGUUCGAUGCAUCAGAAAAUGAUGAGUUGAAUUCCUCUCAGCUAAACGAACCAGCCUCUGGGAUUAUUACGGAAGAUUAUUCUACGGAUCAUGAUAACUCUCUAAGUUCAGCCCUCCAUGGGCGUAAUCCUCUGUUUAGUACAUCUAGGGCUUCAAGUUCAGGCUCACAUGCUUUAAAAGCUCUUAAGGCACCAGCAAAUCAAACCAACCCAACAGUUUCUACUUCAAACAUAUCUCUAGAACGUGAAUCUCGUAAAAUGGGUUUGUCAUUAACAGAAUUACAGAAAGCUAUUGAGGUGGGGAAGAAAAACGGGGAGUGGUCUUGUCUCAUUAGCUUGCUGAACUCUGUUUUCAGUUCGUACGAUGCACUAUCAAGCAGCUUUCUGGAUACGUCUGAUUCAAAUGUAUCUGAAGAACGAUCCUCAAAUGAUGAGAAUACGCUUGAUAUUUCUAAUUCCUCACUAUGCAUAACUAGUGCCAAAAAGUUAAAACAUGACAAUGAACGUACUCAACCUACUUUAAAUAAUGAUGAUAAUGACUCAUUUGAUAAUGUGAUCAGAUCUCCUAGUGAUAUAAACGUAAUCCGUAAUUCGACUUGUUGCAUAACAGAUCCUAUUCCUAUGGAACAAGAUGAUAUAGAUCUGGAUACUCAAGAAGUGAUCACCCUAGAUCCAGUCAAAAACAUAAAUAACUCAACAGAUAAUGGAUACUGGCCACCUGUUAAUCUUAAUGAUUUACGCCAGGCUUGGUCUUUAAUUGUAUCUAUUCCUGAACGCCAAAAUAUUGUUGACACAUUAAUGAGAGCUGUACGGCGUUUGGUUGUGAUCAGCUUACAUCAACUAUUGGUAAUUCAACCUCCUGAUGGUUUGGAUGACAGUCAACCAACUUCUGAAAUAGCUAUCAUUCGACAGAAGCUUGUGAAUCUUUUCAUUAUUCUUUAUGAAUGUCCAUUUGCAACGGAUCCCUUACACUUUGAGCUUUUAUUGUUAAACAUAAAUCGUGCUGUUACUUGGCUUCCGAUUAGUAUACAAAUUAUGUUAUGCCGAGCGUGGGCUAAUUCUGUACAUAUACCACUAGCUAAUCGUAUACAGCCACCGAAUCCAGAACAAACAAAUUUAUGGUGCCUACAAAAAAUUCUGUUACAUCAUAUAACUUUGCGUUGCUUAACUACAGAUCAUGGGUUACCAAAUGAAGAUAAACAGAUAUGUGAAGCUGCGCUUGUACUGCGUAUUGUUUACUAUGCCAGUCUAUUAGCUGGUCAAAUGGAUUCACCAGAACUGUUAGAAAUGGAAGCAGAAGACAACAGAUCCUUUGAGCUUGAAAUGCGUGCCUAUAUAGGACCUACUUAUGAAAGGCGUUCACGAACCCACUUACCUGAAGAUCCAUUCGCUAAAGCACUAAAUAUUUCUCCUAAUGACUGUCGAAAACCAUUCAUUCCAGCUAAAGACUUUGUAAAUGAAACUCUCAAUGAUGGACUACAACCAAAGAAAGAUUAUAUAUACUAUCGUUCGAAAGGUAUAUCAAAUGAACUAAGUUUUAUGAAAUUACCAUUUCUACUUCAAACAAGUUCAAAAUCUGUUCUACUUUAUUACGAUAAUCGUAUGCGUAUGUUAGAUGAACGUCGAGUGCCAUUUUUCAAACUGCGUGUUAACCGUGAUCGAAUUGUUGAAGAUGCUCUGUUAAUUUUGGAAAUCGCAUGUUUGGAAAACCCUGGUGAUUUUAAAAAACAACUACUUGUCGAAUUUGAAGGUGAACAAGGUAUUGAUGAAGGCGGACUUAGUAAGGAGUUCUUCCAACUUAUUAUUGAACGAAUCUUUAACCCAGACUAUGGCAUGUUUGUAUUAGAUGAUGAAACUCAAAACUAUUGGUUCAAUCCAGUCCCCAUAGACGAUAUGGAACGUGAAUACUGUCUGAUUGGUACUUUACUAGGUUUAGCAAUUUAUAAUGAUGUAAUACUGGACAUAAAUUUUCCAUCAGUGUUAUAUCGGAAGCUAGUCGGAAAAUUGGGUACAUUCGAGGACCUUUUUGAUGCUAGACCUAGUUUAGCCAAUGGACUGAAAGCUCUUCUGGAACAUAAGAAUGAUGAUAUCGAAGAAGUGUUUGGCUGUUCAUUUGUUGUCAAUUAUCUUGAUCCAUUUGGAAAUGUGGUAACACAUGAAUUAAAACCAAAUGGUGCUGCAAUCCCAGUUACAAAACAUAAUCGUAAGGAAUAUGUAGAUUUAUAUGCCGGAUUCCUAUUGAAUGACUCUGUGAAAAAACAAUUCAAUGCUUUCCGUAGAGGAUUUCAAAUGGUAGUUGAUGAAAGUCCAUUAACAUUUCUAUUUCGCCCAGAUGAAUUAGAACUGCUUGUGCGUGGCAGUCCAGUAUACGAUUUCAAGGAACUGGAGCGAGUGACCACCUAUGAAGAGUACACAGUUAAUUCACCUGUGAUAAAGAAUUUCUGGUCGGUGGUCCAUUCAAUGACUGAGGUUCAACAGAAACAACUGCUGCAAUUCUCUACUGGAUCUGAUCGUGUACCUGUUGGUGGAAUGUCUAAAAUGAAGUUUACUAUAGCACGGCAAGGUGCUGAUACAAAUAGGUUGCCAUCUGCUCAUACCUGCUUCAAUAUUCUCUUAUUACCAGAAUAUGAAAGUUUAGAAAAGUUGAAACAAUCUCUUUUACUCGCAAUUAUUCACUGCAAAGGAUUUGGAAUGUCGUGA